CGCCGACGCCGCCGCAUGGAUGGCGGCGGAUCGCCGGCCGCGCUACUGCUGCUGCUGCUGGCGGUUGCCGUGACAGCUGAGAGCGAUGACGUGUCGAGCUGCACCGCCGCUCUGGGCAUGCAGGAUGGCACAAUCCCCGACCAGAACAUCACGGCCUGGCCGAACGUCAGCUAUGGGGGAGCGCCCGAGUACAGCCUGGCGUCCGGGGCGCGGCUCAACAGCCAGACGGCCUGGUGUGUGAACCGCACCACCUUCUCCGAGAGGGUCGCCACGCUGGUGGUCGACCUCGGGCAGCCUCGCUUCGUGACAGGUGUGCAGACCCAGGGGCCGCCUACCGUCGUCAACACAAAAAACAAAACCACCUGGGUGACAGUUCAGUACAGCUAUGGACGGCGACUCCUGGUUCCUUGUGCUGCUCUACCCGGAGGAAGGUUAUGCAUUCGGUUGGUGGCACCAAAUCGACAGACGACGUUGUUACCCACGGCUUCGGAGUGGUGCAGCUGGCCAGAUUUGUCCGCUUCAGUUUUGAAACAUGGACCUGGCCCGAGGACGUCAACUGUUUCCGCUUGGAGGUGAUAGGCUGCGUGUCAGGCUGGUCCCCUCAGGUCAACAUCAGCCACGAGGCUCAUCCGGCCGGCUGGGUCGACCUGCGCUGGACCCAGCCGCUGGUCAGCCUGUUCCGCCGGCAGGACCCGAUGAUCUUCAGCCUGCCGGUGGACCUGUACUCGCUGGAGGUGCGGCACAACAACGGCUCGGGCGAGACGUCCCAGCACUGGCAGACGAUGGACCGGCGCUGGCUCAUCCUGCACCCGCUCUGGGGCGGCAGCUACUCGCUGACCGUGCGGUGCCACGUGCGGGGGGUGCCGCUCGAGUGCGGCAGCUACCAGCUGGUGGCGCGAGUCGACUGCCCGCCAGGCGUCAGCCGCUGCAGCGUGGACGCGGAUUUCCUGCUGCCGGACGUGCUGUCAGCCGCCUGGGUGACGACCAACAGCUCGCUGCGCACCUGGUGGACGAUGGGAUCGCAGGGCUGGCGCACCACCCAGAUGGUGUUCUCCGUCACUACCGGCGACGGCACCAGCGUCACCAACCAGAUCAUCAGCUCGUCCGAGACGAGUCGUGAGGUGUCGGACCUGAGCCCCAGCCAGGACUACGACGUCUACAUCUCGCCGGUCGUGCCCGAGCUGCUGUCGACCCCGACCGUCCACCGCGAGGUCAAGCUCGUACCUCUGUCUCGUGCUGAGCGGCUCACCGCUUCUCUGACUGACCAGACCUCGGAUGGUGCUGCCGGGGGGUCGGAGUCUGUGGCAGCGGUGGUGGCGGACGUGGCGGUCACGGCCUCACCCCAGUGGCAGGGCGUACUGAGCGUCACCUGGCAGGAGGCCGCGGCGAGGGCGCUGGCGCCGCUGUCGGAGACCAAGAUAAACUGGUACUCGGUGCAGGUGUCGAGGAACGGCAAGCCCCUGCUGAGCCAGCUCGUCAAUAACACGUCCGUGACAUGGAACGAAGGCCUGCACAUGGGGAGCCAGUACGACGUGACUGUGGAGUGUAUGCUCACGGUCUCGGGGAAGCGUUUCGUCUGCGGCAGAGACGUGGUUUUCACUGGGCCACCCGCCUCGCUGCUGCCGAGCCGGUCUGGCUGGCUGCUGCACGACAUGCCAGGCCCGCCGGUCGCCUGGCAGGAGGCCGAGCUGGCGUGUGCGCGCCGCGGCGGCCACCUUGCCUCGGUUAACAGCACGGAGAUACACGGCCACCUGGAGCAGCUGCUGCAGGCGAUGAGCCACGACGAGGCCUGGAUCGGGCUCAACACGUGCCAGUCAGGUCAGCGCCGGUGCCGAUAA